UUACUCUUGUUUGUUUUUCGUUCCUUCUCUUCCUCUAAUGAUUCUUCCUAUGUUUUAGGACUUUGAAUGAUCUAAAUUCCAAAUUCUUCUUGAUCCCUCACUGAAAUUUUGAUCAUAAUUUCCUUUGUGUUUCUCAAUUUCGUUACUCAUAAUUUAAUUCUUUUAUUCUUUUUUUUUUGUUGUUCUUGGGUGUGCCAUUAAAUCUCAUUAAUGGCACAACUCCCUCCAAAAAUCCCAACCAUGACGACUACAACCACGCCGCAUUGGCCUGACUUUUCCUCUCAGAAACUCCCGUCCAUCGCCGCAGCCGCAGCAACCGCGGGACAACAAAACCCUUCAUGGAUGGAUGAGUUUCUCGACUUCUCAUCAACUCGUCGUGGCACCCACCGUCGCUCAAUCAGCGACUCCAUCGCUUUCCUAGAACCACCUUCCUCCUCCGGCGUAGGAAACCACCACUUCGACAGGUUCGACGACGAGCAGUUCAUGUCCAUGUUCAACGACGACGUACACCAAAACCACCAUCACAACAGCGUCAACGGAAAUGUUGGUCACACGCGUUCUUCUUCCAACACGUCUCUACCGUCCGAUCAAAACAGCCUCAGCGAAAACGACAACAAAGAACAACCACCGUCCGAUGAUCAUGAUCACAUGGACACCACCACAGCCAAUGACGACAACAACGUCGCCGGUAACAAUUACAACGAAUCAGACGAGGUUCAAAGCCAUUGCAAGACGGAGCCACAGGACGGUCCGUCUUCAACGAAUCAAAACUCCGACACUCGGAUUCACGACCCCAAAAGAGUAAAAAGAAUUUUAGCAAAUAGGCAAUCAGCACAGAGAUCAAGGGUGAGGAAACUGCAAUAUAUAUCAGAGCUCGAACGGAGCGUUACUUCAUUGCAGACGGAAGUGUCAGUGUUAUCGCCAAGAGUUGCGUUUUUGGAUCACCAGCGAUUGCUUCUCAACGUCGAUAAUAGCACUAUCAAGCAACGAAUCGCCGCAUUAGCACAGGACAAGAUUUUCAAAGACGCUCACCAAGAAGCAUUAAAGAGAGAAAUAGAGAGACUUCGACAAGUAUAUCAUCAACAGAGCCUCAAGAAGAUGGAAAAUAAUAUCUCCGACCAAUCUCCGGCCGAUAUCAAACCGUCCAUUGAGAAAGAGCGGCCCCUCAAUGCUUAA